AUGUCAUCGAGCAAAAAGGAAACAAUAUCUAUAUCGCCCGUCGCAAGUAUUCGUAAUGGGGAGUCGAUACAGAUGUACUCAUCAUCUCCUAAUAUACGUACAGUUCGGUCCGCAACUGGUGCCGGUGAAGUAAACUAUAUCAAUGCGAUAACGUCUUCAACUGAUAAUCAGCUCUUAGCAGAAAUUGGCUAUAAGCAAGAGUUAAAACGUCAGUUUUCCACACUUCAAGUUUUUGGAAUAUCCUUCUCCAUCAUGGGUCUUUUACCGUCUAUUGCCAGUGUGCUCAAUGGUGGUUUAAGUGGCGGCACAGUCUCCCUAGUAUGGGGCUGGUUUAUAGCUGGUAUUUUUAUUUUACUUGUUGGUAUCACUAUGGCCGAAAAUGCAAGUUCAAUACCAACCGCUGGGGGACUUUACUAUUGGACCUAUCAUUAUGCGCCUGUUGGAUAUAAAGCUGCGAUUUCAUAUGUGAUUGGUAUUGGUAAUUCGCUAGCCUUGGCUGCAAGCGUUUGUUCUAUAGACUAUGGGUUUGCGGAAGAGGUUUUAGCCGCGGUAGUUGUAUCUAAAGAUGGAGAUUUCAACGUAACAAAUGGCAAGCUUUACGGUGUUUUCGCUGGCGCUGUGAUAGUCAAUAUUUUUUUUACUUGCGUGGCAUCAGGGUGGUUAGCAAAAUUACAAACUUUGAGUAUUGUAUCUAAUUGUUUCAUCAUUGUGCUGUUUAUUAUAGUCUUACCUAUUGGAACAAAAAUUAAUCGUGGAGGAUUUAAUGAUGGCUCCUUUAUAUUUGGAGAAUGGGAAAAUAUGAGCGAUUGGAACAAUGGCUGGCAAUUUUGUUUAGCAGGGUUUAUGCCAAUUGUUUGGACAGUCAGUUCAUUCGAUUCAUGUGUUCAUCAAUCUGAAGAGGCGAAGGAUGCUGCUAAAGCUGUGCCGAUAGGAAUUAUUGGGUCUAUUUCCAUUUGCUGGGUGUUGGGAUGGGUAAUCAACAUUGUUAUUGUAGCCUGUUGCGAUCCUAACUUGAAUAAUGUUGUCAACACCAGUUAUCCACUAGGGAUGGCCCAAGUACUAUAUGAUUCAUUGGGGAAACGCUGGACGAUCGCGUUCUUGGCAAUGAUGGCAUUUUGUCAGUUUUUAAUGGGUGCUUCAAUGCUGACAGCUGUUUCAAGACAAGUUUGGGCUUUUGCUCGUGAUAAUGGUAUGCCCUUCUCUAAUUACAUAAAGAAGGUGGAUAAAAAAUUAAGUGUACCAUACAAUGCAGUUGCAUUCAGUGGUGCUCUGUCUCUAGUUUUAGGCCUACUAUGUCUAAUCAAUGAAAUUGCUGCCGACGCAUUAUUCAGUUUAUCUAUUGCCGGUAACUACCUAGCUUGGUGUGCACCAACGUUUUUGAGGUUGACAUGGGGCAGAGAUGUUUUCAGACCUGGCCCCUUUUAUUUAGGAGACAUUCUUUCCCCUGUGUUAAACUGGAUCAGUAUUGUUUUCCAACUCUUUAUUAUCGUUUUGACCAUGUUCCCAGCAACACAACAUGGCAUAGAUGCAACCACAAUGAAUUACUCAUGUGUGAUCGGGCCAGGCACCUGGGUGUUGUCUUUGAUAUACUACUUAGUGUACAAGAAAAAGGAUUACCACGGUCCGGUUUCAAAUUUGACCGACGAAGAGUUUGCUGAGGAGGUCGGUUCUGAUGUUAUCGAUGAGAUUUUAUCUCAUCCAGUCAAAAGUAUCUAA